CGCGACGAGGCUCAGUCCAAGUGCUAAUUUUGCCACUUAAACAACACAAAAAUUCCCAAAAGACGCGCUUCUCGUUAGAAGAAAAAGCUCCCGCGCUCCUUGUCUCAUAGAGAUCAGUGUGAGUGAUCUUCUCCUAUUUCCCAGGAAUUCCAUUUAUUUUUUGGAUUAAUUCGUGGAGGGAUACAAAGGAUUUUUUCACUACAAAAAUCCUCAAAAAUGCAGACGCCUCUUGUCCUCAUGGCCCUGGGGGCGUUUAUGAUGCUCUCACCCAGUUCCGUGCUAGGUAGGCAAACAUAUUACAGGGAUGGCUAUUACACGAGAUACUAUGACCCCUACACCUACUACCCAUCAUACUGGCGGCAGCAGCGCGUCAUCAAUCGUGGAUCGUACGAUCAGGACCUCAAUGGACAAGGAUGCGCGAGGAGUCCCUGUGGCGUGGGAGCGCAGUGCCAGGAAGCAGCUGGAGGACGUCCAGUCUGUUCCUGCCCAGCUGGCUACAGUGGAAAUCCUCUAACUCAGUGCGUCCGUUUGGGAUGCAUUGAUCACGCCGAAUGCGGAUCCCACCAAGUUUGCAGAUCAGGAAGCUGUGUUAAUCCCUGCGUCGGGACGUGCGGGACAAACGCUAAUUGUGAUGUACGCAACCACGUGCCCGUUUGCAGUUGCCCAGCUGGCUACAAGGGUGAUCCCUUCAGCUACUGUCGCCAGAUGGAUCCAGCCGAGCUCUGCCAUCCAUCCCCAUGUGGAGUCAAUACCAAAUGUGAUGUAAUCGGUGGCACACCUACAUGCACCUGCCUCCCGGGAUUCUUUGGCAACCCACUGACUGGAUGUCGUCAUGAGUGCGAGUCCGAUGGGCACUGUGCCAACCAGGAGUACUGCCAUGACUUCAAGUGCGUCAAUGCGUGCAAACAGUGCGGCCAGGGAGCUUCCUGUGCUCGUGCCACAAACCACCGUGCCGUCUGUGAGUGCCCCAAGGGCUACAUUGGCAGUGCCUACACCGAAUGCCGCCCAGAAUGCCUCGGCGACGUGGAUUGCCCCUCCGGACGACCAGCCUGUAUCUACGGCAUCUGCAAGAAUCCCUGCGAGGGAGCUUGUGGUGUCAAUGCGGACUGUAAUCUCCGUGGCCUUACACCAAUCUGCAGCUGCCCACGUGACAUGACGGGUGAUCCCUUCAUCUCGUGCCGUCCCUUCACAAAGGAAGAUCUCUGCAAUCCCAACCCCUGUGGGCAGAAUGCUCAAUGCACACCUGGAUACGACAACACUAAUCGCGAGAGGCCCGUCUGUACCUGCCUGCCAGGAUACACCGGAAAUGCCCUCACCUACUGCAGCAGGGGCGAGUGCCAGGCUGACAGUGAAUGCCCUGACCACCGUGCCUGCAUUGCCCUUCAGUGCGUCGAUCCGUGCGUGAAUCAAUGCGGUGUUGGAGCUGAUUGUCACGCCAAACGUCACGUGGCCGUUUGCACGUGUCCCGCCGGCACUUCCGGAGACGCCCUUGUUUCCUGUCGUCAAUCCCGCAGCUACCCUGUGGCUCGCUACUACAAGAAGAAGAAGUAAACAAUCCCUCAUCGACCUCAAACAACCCCUUCCGAAGAAAAAAAAUUAACGAAGAAAAAGUCUAAAAAAAAAAAAAUUCUCAAACAUUCCAACUCAGCAUCUUCUGCAAAAAAAUAAAACGAUCACAAAUUGGCCGUUA